GCAAGACCUGUAACAGACAGUCUGUUCUAUGACUUGGAUAAGUAAGGAUGUCAAUUGCGCUCUUCCGAUUCAAAUAUUAUUGCUACAGUAUCUAUUGACUUUUCGAUUCAAUUAUUCAUAAUCUAAUUCUGAAAUCUCACAAAUUGCUGUAAAUUUGGAUAAUUCACCAAUAAACUUUAAAAGUUUUCAGGGUUAGGAAAGUACAUAAAAUUGUGGUUUUUAAAACUAAGAUUUAGCAGCUUUAAAAUAAAAUGAUGACCAUGAAGAACAUAUUGCGUAUUGCACUUUUGAUGCUUGCUAUAGGCAUCGAGAUUAACCAGGCAAAAAAAUGUAAAAUUCCAGAGAACAAUGAAGAUAUCGACUGGGAUAAGGUAAAGAAUGACUGGUAUAUGGUGCUACACACCAACGAUGAGAUCAUGAAAGAAGAUGUUAUAGGUGUAAGAUUACAGAAUAUCUCCAAUACAAAUGAAGGAAUGCGAAUGGUGAUUACUGAUUUACAUGAGAAUUCUCCUCCCCAAACCUUUACAAGUCAUAAGACCAAACGAAGAGACGGCGUUUAUUAUGGGGAAAAGAGCGAAGAGCCAGCUUCUUUGGCUUCUCACACUCUAACACCAGAUGGAGGAACAAAUGAUAAAGCGAAAAAAAUAGAUGAUGCCUUAUUCAAUGGUGAUAUUCUGGCUUUAUGUGACGAAAAGAAUUUUUUGCUCAAUGCAUUCUGCAGUCUUUCAGAUGAAUGGGUUGUCUGGGUGGCAUUUCCAACCCUGAAUCCAACUAUUCAUCAAAUUAGUUUAAUGUGGAACAAGCUCAUUGAGAAAGGAAUCGUUGUAUAACUUUAUCCUUCUAAAACGGUUGCACAUCCAGAGUUGAUGGAAAGUUUGAAGUGACAAGAUCAUUCAAUACUGAGUUAUAACGAUGAACACAGAUCUAUUUAAUAAGAAUUAUAAUACUGCAGUAUACUAUUUAGUACAACUAUUAUAUUCUAGAAAAAAUAAAGACAGUAAGAAAACUACUGGAGUACUUUUAUAUAG